AGAUACACAUACCAUCCACCAUUUGUCCGUCGCCAGUAGCCACAGAAUCCAUCGCCAGAGCCCGGAGAGAGACAGAGCACAACACUCCACACGCCGGCCGUUCCAUUUCGCUCCGCCCUCCCGCCUUGUCUCGUUGCUGAGUUGCCGUCGGCUCGCCCGGAGCAGUUCGCCGCUGUUGAAGCAACCUCCCCGGUCGCUCGCCGCCAUGAAGAAGGUUGUGCUCAAGCUGGAUGUGCACGACGACAGGCACAAGGCCAAGGCGCUCAAGGCCGUCUCCGGUCUCCACGGCAUCGACCAGCUGGGCGUGGACAUGAAGGACCAGAUGAUGACCAUCGUGGGCACCGUCGACCCCGUCGCCGUCGUCGGCAAGCUGCGCAAGCUCUUCCCCGGCGUGCAGAUCGUCUCCGUCGGCCCGGCCAAGGAGGAGAAGAAGGACGACAAGAAGGACGGCGGCGGGGACAAGAAGCCCGCCGGAGACAAGAAGGAGGGCGACAAGAAAGACGGGGACAAGAAGGACGGCGGCGACAAGAAGCAGGAGGCGAAGCCGCCCAUGUCGGUGUACCCGCCCUACGGCUACGCGCACUACGGGUACCCGCCGCCGCCGCGCUACUUCGUCCGCAGCGCCGAGGAGGAUCCCAAUUCGUGCGUCAUCUGCUGAUCGGCGUCGCCGCCCACCCCUGCCCCAUGUACAUUUCGUCGUUGUCCCGCCUGUCCUCCUCUGCUGCCGCCGCCGCUGCAAGUGGACAGUGGUGGUUGGUAGUUGCGAUAAUACGACCGUGUAAUUACCAGUUGCAUCGAAUAGCUGCCGUUUGGCUUGUUUUUUGCAAGAUGUCGACUGCCGGAAGGAUGCAAUACUAGUACUACGUGCAUCUGCUCAUCAGUUUGUAGCGUGCGCACCGAGAGCGAGAAGACCUACUUACUAUAAAGAGAAAGAA